AUGAGGGAGGUUAUUUCAAUCCACGUGGGCCAAUGCGGUGUCCAGUUUGGUAACGCACUGUGGGAACUCUACUGCUCAGAGCACGCGGUUACCCACGAGGGCAUUCUUUUCGAACCACCCCAUGAGCUGGAGUGUCCUGACACAUUCUUCAACAUCUCCGAGUCCGGACGCCAUGUUCCACGUUGCCUCUUCAUUGAUUUGGAGCCGGGAGUUGUGGACGAAAUUCGUGUUGGUCCAUGGCGCAAACUCUUCCAUCCGGAUAAACUGAUUACCGGAUGUGAAGACGCCUCGAAUAAUUUUGCCCGUGGCUACUUCACCGUCGGAAAGGUGCUACUAUCGCCGAUCCUCAACGAAUUCAGACGCACCAUCGAACAGUGCAACGCUCUCCAGGGGAUCCUGUUUUUCCGCAGCCUUGGAGGUGGAACUGGAGCGGGCCUCACCGCGGCUAUUCUGGAUGUUCUUGGAGACUACAGGAAGUACAUUAAAGUGGAGAUUCCUGUCUACCCAUCUCCCUCGCUAUCAACAGCGCUCGUCGAACCCUACAACUGCCUCCUGGGUGAACACUUCACAAUGGAGGACUUCAACAUUGGACUGCUUAUGGACAACGAAGCCAUGUAUGAUGUGUGCGCGCGGUACUUGUCUUCCAAUCACACCACCUACACGAAAAUCAACCGACUUGCUGCUGUCGUCUGCAGCGCAGUGACCGCCUCGCUACGCUUCAAGAAUAUCCUCACGUCUGACCUGAACGUUGUCCAAACCAACCUCAUUCCUUACCCCCGCAUCCACUUCCCUCUGGCUAACUUUGCACCGGCACAGUCCACGGAAAAGACAACCUACGAGACGGCGAAUGUGAUGGAGAUCACUCGCUCGGUGUUUGAGCGCGACAAUCAGCUCAUUAAGAUUGAUCCGACCAUCGGCAAAUUCAUGUCCUGCACGCUCCUCUACAGAGGCAGUGUGAGUCCAGGUCAGGUGUAUGUUGCUCUGGCGGAGAUGCGGAAGAGCAAAGGCCUCGAGUUUGUGGACUGGUGCCCGACGGGUUUCAAGGUGGGCAUCACAAGCGAGACACCAAUGAGUCGAUGCGACAGCGGGAUCGGCCAGAAUAACCGGAAUGUUGUGAUGCUCGCCAACACCUCAGCAGUUGGACAGGCCUGGCAGAGGAUCGUGCACAAGUACUAUAUUCUCUACUCAAAACGCGCCUUCGUCCACUGGUACGUUGGUGAGGGCAUGGAGGAGAGCGAAUUCAACGAGGCGCUUGUCAACAUGACGUCCCUGGUGAAGGACUACGAGGAGGUCGCUUCUGACACCACUGUCUAG